AUGGCUCGCGCUACACUCCUCUCUCUUGCCGAACAGGCCAAAGUGGAUGUGAUGAAACAACUUGAACUGACACUUCACGAGAUGUCCCGUCAACUCACGAGAAGUCGUAACGUCAUCCGAAAAUACCUCGCCGACCCACUCCAUUACGAUUAG